UGCAAUUUCAUCUUUUAUUUUCAUAAUGAGAAUAACAUGUAGUUGAAAAUUUGUUUUUUGGUUGUCAUGACUCCUGAUCGCAGAUGUUGUAACUGAAUUUAUUGAGGGUCUAGCAGAAACAUAUCCUGGCCUGCAGUACUUGGAUGGUUUUCCAGAGGUCAAGGUUGUAUUACGUGCUGAUGUUUCGAGUGCUACAUAUGACAAGGUUGCAAUAAUAUCAGGCGGAGGAAGUGGCCAUGAACCGGCUCAUGCGGGAUUUGUUGGAGAAGGGAUGCUCACAGCUGCUAUUUGUGGAGAGGUUUUUGCUUCUCCACAAGUUGAUUCAAUUCUUGCUGGCAUUCGUGCUGUGACUGGUCCCAUGGGAUGUCUUCUGAUUGUCAAGAAUUAUACUGGUGAUCGACUAAAUUUUGGUUUAGCUGCGGAGCAAGCAAAAUCUGAGGGUUAUAAAGUAGAGACUGUAAUUGUUGGAGAUGAUUGUGCUUUACCUCCAGCUCGGGGCAUAGCUGGACGGCGUGGUCUGGCAGGGACCAUUCUAGUUCAUAAGGUUGCUGGAGCUGCUGCUGCUGCCGGACUUCCUCUUGAUGAGGUUGCUGCAGAAGCUAAACGUGCAUCUGAAUUGGUUGGAACAAUGGGUGUUGCAUUGUCAGUUUGCACGCUGCCUGGUCAGGUUACCUCGGAUCGUUUGGGUCCAGGAAAGAUGGAACUUGGUCUUGGAAUUCAUGGUGAACCUGGUGCUGCUGUAGCUGACAUUCAGCCUGUUGAGGUGGUGGUUUCUCAUAUUCUUAAGCAGAUUUUGUCGACGGAAACAAGCUAUGUUCCAAUCACACGAGGUAAUAGAGUGGUGCUCAUGGUCAAUGGACUUGGUGCCACUCCUGUUAUGGAGUUGAUGAUUGCAGCAGGAAAAGCAGUCCCUCAAUUGCAGCUGGAGCAUGGACUGGCUGUUGAUAGAGUGUAUACUGGGUCAUUUAUGACUUCUCUUGAUAUGGCAGGAUUUUCAAUUUCUAUCAUGAAGGCAGAUGAAGCUAUUUUGCAACGCUUGGAUGCUGCAACUAGAGCUCCUUUCUGGCCUGCUGGAGUUGAUGGUAAUCGUCCACCUGCCAAGAUACCUGUUCCUGUGCCAUUGACUCUCUUAAUGAAGAGUGAUGAGUCAUUGGCUCGGCCGCUACAAUUAAGUGAACAAGGACAAAUUCUUGAGGUGGCUAUUGAGGCAGCAGCAAAUGCAAUUAUCAAUCUUAGGGACAGUUUAAAUGAAUGGGAUAGCAAAGUAGGUGAUGGUGAUUGUGGAUCAACAAUGUAUAGAGGAGCAACUGCAAUUCUGGAGGACAUGAAAAAGUAUUAUCCUCUGAAUGAUGCUGCAGAAACUGUGAAUGAAAUUGGAUCAUCUAUUAGAAGAGUUAUGGGAGGAACGAGUGGGAUUCUAUACAAUAUAUUUUGCAAGGCAGCUUAUGCACAGUUGAAAGCAAACACACAAUCAGCUGCCACAUCAAAACAAUGGGCCGAUGCACUUCAAGCUUCCAUUGCUGCCGUGAGUAAAUAUGGUGGGGCUAGUGCUGGCUAUCGCACAUUAUUAGAUGCACUUAUUCCAGCAUCAGCAGCUCUUCAGGAGAGGUUAGCUGCUGGGGAUGAUCCUUCCACUGCUUUUGUUCUUUCAUCUGAAGCAGCAUUUGCUGGAGCUGAAUCAACUAGACAGAUGCAAGCACAGGCUGGCCGCUCUACCUAUGUCUCAGCAGAGAUGCUUGCAUCGGUCCCUGAUCCAGGAGCUAUAGCUGCAGCCUCAUGGUAUAGAGCAGCAGCUUUAGCCGUCAAGAGCAAAUGUGAAUCUUCUGUAAGCUGAUGCGUUGAAUUCUCCCUGUAACUCAUGGUUCUUUUGGCUGCUGAAGAUUAACCAACCUAAUUUUUUGGAUGAUUUAGCUUUUCUCUAACUUGGGCUUUCUGCUUGUGCAAAUUUUGUGUAAAAUUGAGAGCAAGUCAGUUAUAAAAUUUCUAUAGAAAAAUGUAAAUCUCAACGAUUGAAGUAAUCAUCAUGGAUAAUUAUCUUCUUUUUUGGUUGAGAAUGAAAUGGACAUUAAUUGAAUAUA